CAAUGCCAGAAAUAUUGAAAGAAUGGAGGUGGUUCUUUGAAAAAACAACUGCAUAUAUCACACCAAAAGCAUUGAAAAGGAAAAUGCUAGAAGUUGAUGCUGUUGAUCCAUGGUUCAAGCGCCAUUUUGCCCUACUGGUGAUGAGUGUAUUAGUAGAUCCAAUGGUCAAUGGAUAUGUGACACAAAACUAUAUUGACCACCUCUUUGAUGUGGGCAACAUACCAAAUUUGAAUUGGAGUCAGCUGGUCAUCAAUGCAUUGAUCAAUAGCAAGCAGGUGUGGAUGAAGAGCGCAGACAAGCUCUAUGGAGGACCAAUUCUCUUCCUCAUGAUAUUCUAUGUGGAUCGUGUGGUGCUUUUCAGACGCAUAGUGCCAAGAAGCUUCCCAGCCAUAAAAAAUUGGACAUUCAAGCUUUUGUCUAAAAGAGAGCGUGAUGAGAUUCAGGAGGAUUUGGAUAUGGGCAUGUUGAUACUGCCUUGAGGCUUGAAAAUGCACCUGCACCACCUGAGGAGGGGAAUCCAUCAAUUCCAGUACCUGAUGUCCCACAGCCAGCACAGCCACCACAGCACCAACAGCCACAAGAAGAUGACGCCCCCUUGCCGGAAGGAUUACAGGGUUUUAUUAAUGAAAUCACCAGCAACACAAGGACAAUUGCAACGGGGCUGUUAAAAGUAGCAAGGCUAGUUGAGAACGCACUAAUUGCAAUCCUGGAAGAUGACAGGUUUAAGAAGAUGUUUGAAACUGCACGACAACUGCUGGGUUUCAAAGCUCAAGAAGACCAACAUCUAACUUUCUCACAGCAAGAAGACGCAUUUUGGGGUAACCCAGAAUUCCUCAAUGCAGUUGACGAGAUCGUGCGUGCAGUGCAAAAAAGGACUUAUCUGAAUGACGUCCCUUCAUUUAGCCUUGGAUUGACACAAGAGGAGCAAACUCAACGCUGGGAUGAUGUCAAUGUUGUGGCAAGAGAGUACAAUGAAUGUGAACAGAGCAAGGAAGGAGAGGAAAAUCAAGUAGCUGAUGAUGGAGCUCUUGGAAAUGAGACAGCUGAAGGAAGAAAGGGAAGUGAAGACAGAGCUAAUGAAGGUGAAGGAGCUCAGGCAAGAGAAGCUGCCACUACAGCCCAAGCUGAUGAGGUCACACCAGAUCAAAUCCAACAAGGCAGUGCAUCAAAUCCCCUAGAAAUACCCCCAAAAGACCAGAGGAAAAGGCCAGUAGUGGAAUACUCCCCAGUUCGGCCGCGGCAGCGCCUCUCAAUAAUAGAUGUAAAUGCACAAAUCAAUGCAACUGAGGAUGCAAUAAGGAAGUGGGUGUUAGAAAAUCCUAAUCCUGAUCCGGCCCAAGAAUUAUUCAGAUUUGAAUCAAGGGUUAUCCACUGGUCUGAUAUGCUUUUAUUAAAGCCGAACACCGAGCUCCCCACUAGUAUCAUUGAUGCUUGGGCAGCUAUUCUGAACCAUAAUGAGGAAGACCGGCUUUCAGCAAGGCUGUUUGCUUCAACUUGGACAACUCUCUACACAGUUGUGAAUCCCCUAGGAGAUGAUGGUGAGAGGUAUAAGAAAUUCAAUGAAAGCUACAUCGUGGACAAGACCUUUGCAGCGGAGACAAGAUGGCAUAACAUUCAACACUUUCUGUUUCCAAUAAUAGCAUCUCAGCACUACUACCUGAUUCAUUUUGACCCACUCUGUGAGAGAUUUGAUGCAAUAGACAACACAUCUUCGGUUUCCAAAACCGAAGACAAAUAUGGAGAUGUGCCUAAAAGAUUGCAAAAAUUCUUAUUCAUGUUCCUGACUGGUUUGAAAUCGACUUACAAAGCUAACAAAAUUCAAAAGUUGAAAUUGAAGAGGAUGAAAAUGGGUUGGAGGGAUAACAAAAACCAGAUUGAUUGUGGUGUAUUCCUCAUGCGCCAUAUGGAAACAUUCAGAGGCCAGUUACCAGAGCAUUGGGACUGUGGGUUGGAGACAGAAAACAAGGACCAAUUGAAUGCUUUAAGAGUGAAGUACUUGACUGCACUCGUGAUGUCAGAUCUGAACGAGCACAAAGCACGGAACAUACAAGCAGCAGCAGAAUUUGGGCUGGAAUGCUGACUUUGAAGGUAAGUUUGUUAUCUCAUAAUCUGUUGGUGACUACUUUGACAAUAUUGAUUGCACAAUGCUUUUUGGUUGACAAUUGGGGACAAUUGGGACAACAGUAUGACUAUAGUUAUUAGUUGAUAUGUCUACUAAAGCUUUUGGGUAGGUUGUGGUUGUUAGUAUAUUUGACAGUACUGUUUGGCACAUGGUUAAUGAACUUAUGCAUGCUUAGAAGCAUAUGUUAAAAACA